AUGGAUUCUACGAAGGCUGCACACAUGGACGCGAUUCUCCUCGAAAUCCAGCGGAAAGGCUGGACGAUCGGUGCGUUUCUGAACGACCUCCUCACUGUGCCUGCAAGGGGGUCAACGGGUGCAUCUUCACUACGCGCCCAGAUGGUCUCCAAGUUCUUGAACGGAGGCACCGCUGUUGGUGCGCGCCAAGUGGUCGAGGCGAUGUACCAAUGCAGGUAUGGCAUCCGGAAGAAGCGUCGAAACACUGCAGGCCAGUCAGCAAAUGCUGUUAGACCAGAAGGUGGGAAGCUCAUGGCCCGAGAGCACUUGAAUGCUUGGGCAAUCAGUACCGUGGAGGAGUUGCUUGACCGGGAAGCGCAUGGUGUUGUGUCGAAGAAGGGCGGAUUCCAUCUUCGCAACAAGGACGUAACAUGGCAAUUUGUGCAUAGUUUCUCCAUGGAAAAUAUACUCUCUUUGCUUGAGACGAGAGGAUCCACUGUUCUACGUGUGCUUGCGGCCAUCGCGGUUCCCAAGAAGCGACGUCCCGAUGUAGCAGAACUUGAGAAGCCCGGAUUUUCGUACAAGACCCAUUUCUCGCAGCAUGUACCAUCCGGACGUGGCAAUAAUAGCCGCGAUCCAUAUGUGAUUCUCCUAGUCGCGGCGAUGCUUCUCAUGCAUGCACGUAACGCCCACUUCACGCUGUUCCAGAAGAUCGUCGGAGUCUGGCUAUUUGCCCAGACAGCUGCCCACAGCGUAUAUGCUGUGCUUGGGCGUGUAGGACUAUCUGUGUCCUACACCACUGUGUUGAAUCUCUUACGGUCACUCUCUAACUCGGCGAAAGUUGCAGUGCGGCGCACUGCCACCGCCCGCGCGUUCCUUGCAAUCUAUGACAAUCUCAACCGCAAAUCCCGCGUCUGGGAUCCCGAUCUGGGGGAAAAGGAUAUCAUGUAUAAUGGGACAGCUGCUACGCUGGUGGAGUUGGAAGAUUGCGAUGUUGAGCAAGCGUUUGACGUCAAGGUCUUACGCGAGGCGCGGGCCAAGGAGGAUCGGAAGAAGCUCACCAUCGACACUCUCUAUAAUCGCAUUGACUGGGCACGACUCAACGCAGUCAUCGCCAUGCAUGUACUCAAUAUUCUUACUGAAGCAGUCCCAGCCCUCGAGAUUCAUCGCGAGAACAUAUGCGAGCAAUUCAAGACCACUCUUGCUAUUCAUCGUAUGCGAGAGGGACGUCAGACAAAGCUGCAUCCACUAGCCACGUCGGAUUUCAAUGAAGGUGUCACACAGGAGAAUGCCAGUGUUCUUGACGACAUCUUCAUUGACCAGCUGAAACUCUCGAAGGAGGAGGUGGACCGCCUGCUUGUCAUUGUCGGUGGCGACCAGUCGACGAUCGAGAAGCUGCGGAAUCUGAAGAAAUUCAUGGCUACAUGCCCUCAUGGCUACACUCGCUACGGCUGGGUACUCCCGCUCAUCCAGCUUUGGCACAUGGGCUGGGCGGAUUUGGAGCGUGUACUUCGCACGCACUGGGGAAAGACACAAGGCGAUGACUUGUCAGCGUUUCGCUCGAUCAAUAUCCUACUGGGACGGAAAGUGAAAGACGAAAAGCGGCCAGAAUAUUACUCAACGCUGCGGCUGAUUCUCGACACUCUGAAGGCAGAUGUACUUGAUUGCUUCCGAGUACAUCUGAGGACCGACAACCUCAACGCCUACUUCACAACUCACCAGCUCUCUUUCAGUGAUCUGCUCAAACUUUCCGAGACCAUACGCGAUCACUACAUUUGUAUUGGUGCAUACGAGAGGGCGCUUCAUCCUGAUGAAACCGUCGCGGAGUUCUUCGUCCCUGGCAAGCCCUCAAAGCCAAGGGCCACGUUUACAGGUGUAGAUCGCAGUGUACUACCCAGUGUACCACCCUUCCGCGGAGAUCAGAUGCUCGCAAAUUCCAUCCUGCGCUUGCUGGAUAGUAUGCUCCACUACGAGUUCCAAUGCGCAAUUGCCGAAGGAGACAUCGGCCGUGUGAUGAACGUAAUGGCAGUAUGGACAUUCACGUUCACCGGUUCUGGGCACAACAAAUAUGCGAACGAGCUCAUUGAGCUUACCUGUCAGUUCGAGUUCGAGUUCUCUGGCGCGCUCCAAAAGGCAAUUCUCAAUAACUGGCUAUGCAACCUGUCGGGCAUACCUGGUUGCUGGUUCCCAAUGGACCUAUUGCAGGAGAAGAACAUCAAACAGCUGAAGAAGAUGUCACAGAAGCGGAAUGCAGACUUUGGGGGUGAGUUCUUCCAGGACGUCAUUGCCCUCAAUAUUCGCGCCUUCAUCCUCGCCACCACAAGUAUGAAAGAAACUGUACGUCUUGCUCGUACCAGCAGCAUCCAUCGCCGCACAGUCAAACAGGGAGCAUUGAACGAACUGGCCCGGAAUCUCACUGAACUCGAGCUGCAUAAGUUCUGCGCUGGCCGUGCAUCGACUCACAUCCCCCGGAAUGAUUUCGAGGCUGGCUACGAGCAACUCGAGGAUGGAAAUAAGCUGCGUGACUUCGUCAAGCGGACGUUGCGGGAUGCGGGUGCAAUACACGAGACAGACAGCGAGUCUCAAGGUGUGGUGCCAGAUGAAGCUGAGGCCAGCGGCGGCGACGGGGUCCGAGUUGAUCUUCCAAUGCCCAGCAUGCAGAUCAACGGUUUUCUUGUUGUUGCAGAUGAAGACGAUUCAGACAAGUCUGACGGAGCAAGCAGUGACAUUGCAGAAGAACAUGAAGAUGAUUCCGACGCGGCGGAGGAAAGCGAUAUGGAAUUGGUGUAUACUGACGAUGAAGAGUAG